ACAAGCGAAGCGAUGGUGAGUUCGGGCAGCGGUUCCGCCAAAAAGACUAAGAAUGAAGAGCAGAGCGAAGACGUGGAGAUGAAGGCAGUGGACGGCGAGGCGUCGACAUCAUCGACGCCAGUGGUGGUGGACGUGGAUGUGCUGACCAUCGAAGAGCUGAAAGAUCAGGCGCGACAGAUAGAGAAGUCGGUGUCCUCUAAAGAGUCGCGUUUUGUGUUACGAGUGCUGCGAUCGUUGGCCACCACUCGCAAGAAGUUGAACGCAAAGGUGAUGCGGAAGAUAAUCAAUGGCUUUUACACGCAUUCAGUGAAUCAGAAGGAAUCGCUUCUUGUAUUCAUCGACGAGCCCAUGGAGACGGACGCCGGCGGACAGCAGUCUAAGCCUAAGGCCACCAAAUCGGCUCUUCUGCCGCUUUUGCCUGAAUUAGACAUUUAUUUCCAUCUUCUGGUUCUCCUAUACCUCAUAGAUCUGGAGAGACAUGAAAACGCGGUCAAGUGUUCGGAUCAGUUGAUGGCGAAGAUCGUGCGUCAGAACCGGCGCACUCUGGAUGUGUUGGCCGCCAAGUGUUACUUCUAUCACAUGCGGUGCUAUGAACUGACGGAUCAGUUGAAUCGCGUCAAAGGCUUCUUCCACUCGCGCCUCCGGACGGCUACUCUUCGCAACGACUUCGAGGGUCAGGCAGUGCUCCUGAACUGUCUGUUGCGGACAUACCUCCACUACAACCACUACGAACAGGCGUCCAAAUUGGUGUCGAAGUCGGUGUUCCCAGAGUUGGCGCCAAACAACGAGUUCUCGCGAUUCCUCUACUAUUUGGGUCGCAUUAAAGCCAUUCAAUUGGAGUACUCGGAGUCCCGGAAGAACCUCUUGCAGGCCAUCCGAAAGGCGCCGCAACACAAGGCUCUGGGCUUUAAGCAAAUCGUCCAGAAGUUGGCCAUAACUGUGGAGCUCUUGUUGGGCGACAUCCCGGACAGGGCUCUGUUCCGUGACCCCACUCUACGUCGAUGUCUGGCGCCGUACUUCCAGUUGACACAAGCGGUCAGAACUGGUAAUCUUCAGCGAUUCAAUGAAGUGCUCGAAAACUUUGGCCAAAAGUUUCAAUCGGAUCACACGUUUACUCUUAUCAUACGCUUAAGACAUAAUGUGAUCAAAACAGGCGUCCGAAUGAUUAAUCUCUCGUAUUCUCGGAUCCAUUUGAAAGACGUCGCCAACAAACUAAUGCUCGACAACUCAGAGGACGCCGAAUACAUCGCCGCUAAAGCCAUCAGAGAUGGAGUGAUUGAAGCGACACUCGAUCACGAGAAGAGUUUCGUUCAGUCCAGAGAGACCACUGAUGUCUACUGCACUCCCGAGCCCUUGUCGGCAUUCCAUCAGCGCAUCGCCUUCUGCCUCGACAUUCACAACCAGUCCGUCAAAGCCAUGAGAUUUCCCCCCAAAUCCUAUAACAAAGACUUGGAGUCCGCGGAG